AUAGAUUAGGUGACUGUCACAAUGAUAAUGUAACAUAACCUAGGUGGUUUCUCUUGCAAAUUUUAAAUUGAUACAGGUACUGUAAUAAUGUUUUUUUUAUUUAGCGUUCACAUUGCGGACUUAUUUUAAUUAAUUUAAUGAAUUAUCAAGAUGUUCUACUUUUUUAUCGCACAAAUUCAUAGAUCUACUCUUAGUUUAUCAUUAAAACGUUUACAAAAUGUGAAUGGUAGUGUGUUCCUUUCAAAACAAAUUUAUAUUAAACGUUUUCACGCUAUGACUGAUAAAUCAAACACUAGGAAGUCAUAUGUUACUGUUAAUGUAUUACAAAGUGAAAGUGUAAAUAGUUCAACUCGUGUACGCAAAUUUUUUCAAAGGCAUAGAAGUACUAAAACUCAGAGGCUUAAAAAGGCUGAUUUAUCUAGACUUUUUUCCCUUGCGAAAUCCGAAAAAUGGACCCUUUUUGGUGCUGUAUGUUUACUUUUUAUAUCAAGUGCAGUAACAAUGGCAGUCCCUUUCAGUCUAGGAAAGGUUUUGGAUAUUAUUUACACAAAUAAUGAAAAUUCUGAUGAUGCUCGACAAAAGUUAAAUAAGUUAUGUGGAAUACUAAUAGCUGUGUUUCUUCUUGGUGGUAUUUGCAAUUUUGGAAGAGUUUACUUAAUGUCAACUUCAGGUUAUAGAAUGACUCAGGCCUUGCGUUUAAAAGUAUUUUCUUCAAUUUUGCGACAAGAGCAAGGAUGGUUUGAUAAUCGUUCAACAGGGGAAUUAGUUAAUAGGUUGUCUUCUGAUACCCAAAUAGUUGGUUAUGCUCUUACCACAAAUAUUUCUGAUGGUCUUAGAUCAACAAUUAUGGUUUUAGCUGGAAGUGGAAUGAUGUUUUAUAUGUCUCCAAAAUUAGCUUUGGUAAGUUUGACAGUUGUUCCACCAGUAGCGGUCAUAGCGAUAAUAUAUGGAAGGUACGUUCGCAACAUCACAAAAGAGGUCCAAGACAAAUUGGCAGCUGCAUCUCAAGUAGCUGAAGAACGAAUUUCAAACAUGAAAACUGUUAAGUCUUUUGGCAGGGAAUCGUUGGAAAUGGAUCGAUAUAAGUGCGCUAUUGAAAAAGUUCUACUUUUAGGAUACAACGAGUCAAGAGCAAGAGCUAUAUUUUUUGGAAUGACAGGACUCACAGGAAACGUUAUCAUCAUUUCUGUUCUAUAUUAUGGAGGAGUAAUGGUUUCUGCUCAUGACAUUACUGUCGGAAACUUAUCUUCGUUUCUUUUAUAUGCAGCAUACAUAGGGGUGUCUUUGGGUGGUCUUUCGAGUUUUUAUUCCGAGUUAAACAAAGCUGUAGGGGCUGCAACAAGGCUGUGGGAAAUAGUUGAUAGACAACCUGCUAUGCCUGUUACUGGAGGCUCAAUUCCAAUUAAAGAACCUGAGGGCCACAUACAGUUUAAUGAUAUUCAAUUUAAAUAUCCAUCGCGAUCUAACGUAGAGGUGCUUAAUGAUGUUAAACUAGAUAUAAGUCCAGGUAAAACGGUGGCGGUGGUUGGUCCAAGUGGUUCCGGGAAAAGCACAUUAGCUGCUUUACUUUUACGUCUAUAUGACCCUACUAAGGGAAAUGUAUUAUUGGAUGGACAGGAUGUAAGAAAUUUGGAUCCUAAAUGGAUAAAACGAUGUAUUGGAACAGUUAGUCAAGAGCCUGUGUUAUUUUCAUGUAGUAUUAGAGAUAACAUUUUAUAUGGUGCUGAUUGUCCAGAAAAAAUAACAGAGGAGAAACUGACAGAAGUAGCCAAAGAGGCAAAUGUACUUGAAUUUGUGCAGCAAUUACCUGAAGGCUUUAACACUCUUGUUGGGGAAAGGGGAAUUAUGUUAAGUGGUGGUCAGAAGCAACGAAUUGCUAUUGCUAGGGCGUUAAUUAAAGAUCCAAAAAUUUUAUUACUUGAUGAAGCUACAAGUGCUUUAGAUGCACAGUCAGAAAGUUUGGUUCGGGAGGCUUUAGAACGGGUUAUGAAGGGCAGGACGGUGCUAACUAUUGCGCAUCGAUUGUCUACAAUUCAAAAUGCCGAUGUGAUAGCUGUACUCAAAAACGGUACAAUUGUGGAACAAGGUACUUACAAUGAAUUGCUUGCUAAAAAGGGUGCCUUCAAGGAACUUAUAAAACAUCAAACUUUCCAAGAAGUAUAAUUUAAUUAUACAUAUAUAAAUUUAUAUAUAUAUAUAUAUACCCUGUAUCACACUUCCCACAACAGUACAAAUUUUAGUUAGAUGUAUUUAUUGUACAUGUCCUGUCUCACAUUAUAAAUUAUUUACGUAAAUAUUAUGUGCAAUGUAAAUUAAAGAAUUUUAAUCCAUACCAAAAUAAUGUUACAGUAAUUAAGAUUCCCACUUUUGUAACAUUUUGCCCAACAAAUAUAGCAAUUUCAAUUUGA